AGUGCGCGCUCGCGCAAGCCUCAUGUUCAAAGCGAUCUGCGAUGUUCGCAGGGUCCGCGUAGUGCCGGCAGCUUCUUCUGCGCUGCAGUUUCGGCAUUCCCGUUGAAGCAAGAGAUACAAGACGCUCAAUACGCUCACUGCUACUCCGCUUUCAAUAGGCAUCCAUGCGAAUGGACCAACCCUACAUGCGCCAGGCAACUACACAUUCGUGGAUACCCUCCUAGGAAACAAGACGCCGACGGACCCAUUCGAAAGAGUCGCCUACUGCGGCUACUUUAACGUCGCCACGGACAUGCGGCAGACUGAUGUUCCUCCAGGUAGACUCUCAGACCUAGAUUUUUUCGACGGUUACGUCGAGAGCGACAGAACAGCCGUCAUCAUAAUUACUUGGACUUGGCCUGGCGCACACAUGACACACGGAAAGGCGGCGGAAGUGGAGAUCCGAGGCAGCACGAAUGAAACCAACCUUAAAAGGGACUUCGACAGCCAGGUGCUUCUGUCCAAUGUCGUUGAAGGCAACCUUGACCCCCUCCCCGCCGGUUCGAAGCACAACGUAUCGAUCGCACUUCCUCGCGAGUGGGAAACGUCGAAACCAGGCGACAGGGACUUCACGCUGGAGGGGUACCUAGCGGCGCGUGUUAUCAACGCUGAUGGACUCAAGGGGAAGCUGUCCAGGAUCCGUGAAAUGUCGUUCCUAGUCGUAAACUUUACCGCAGAAUCACUCACGACAGGAGCGUCCAUCACCACGCGGGCAAUGCGGCAGACCAAGCUUCGGCCAGCAAGAACCACGAGAGCGCCGGAAAACCCGUACACCAAGCCAAUCCAAGCAACGACCUCAACAUCCCCGACCAAAGGCGAACCAGCUCGUGAUCCGUCGGAAACAACCACACCAGAGGCGGGGCAUGGGAGAAAGAAUGACCAUCCAUCCAUCAUAAUUUGGAUUCUGCUGGCGCUAGUUGCCGGAGUCGUCGUGGCAGCCAUCACAAUUAUACUGCUGCUCAGGGCGCAGUCCAGCGCCAUUGCCGAAAAUCAGGCUACCGCCACGAGCACGGCAACAAUGACAACGAUGUGAAGCCACGUGGUAUAAAGCGUUUCGGGCUCCAGCACUGCGUGGCAUUAUUUGAACUUCUGGCUAGCAGGUGCAUGUUUCUUUCUUUUAAAAUUCACCUAACUACUCC